AACUAAAAAACCAAAGAAAACAUCUGCUCUGCCAACCAAGGAAGAGAAGCCUAAACUAACCAUUUUUGAAGAGGAAGUCGAUCCGGAUGAAGGACUCUUUGGCCCAGAAAAAGAUUUCUCAUCAACUGGUCCCAGAAAGAAGAUGAAAGAGAAUCUGAAACUAUUUGAAGACCCAGACCUUGGUGGGGUGGUAAGACUGGGUGACUCACUACUGCUGCCAGCUGCCUGUGAGAACAGGGAGUAUGUGCUGAACAUAGGUCCUGAGGAGGACACUGAGGAACUGCUGAGAGUUGAAGAUGAUUUAGAGAAACUCUUGAAAGUAACCUCCAAACCAAAACCUAAGGUACCAUCAAAACCACCACUGGCUCAGAAACCAGUAGUUGCCCCCAGGAACACUAAUUCAUCUCCACUGGCAAAGCCAAAGGAAAACAGGAUUCAGACAAUGAAUGAAGUGGACAUUCUCCAGUAUAUCCAGGAAAAUGAAUCUAUCAACAACCAAGAUACAAGUCUUUUUUGA